AUGGACACCGAUAUGAGCACGGGGAACGCUGCCGGGGACGAGAGGGAGUGGAGGGACCAACUGAAGAAAUCCAGAGAGGCUUUGGCGGAGGCAAGGCGGCGAGAAGAGGAGCUGGAAGGAGUGGUGCGGGAGGGCGAGAGGGCGAUGCGGGAGCUGGAGGAGUGGACUGCGCGGAAGGUGGACGCCAUGUCUGCGCUGACUGCCGUGCUUCGUGAGGAGUGGCUCGCGGGAGCGGUGCUGUCUCGGGCCGAGGGGGCGCGCAAGCGCGCGCGCAUGGAGGAUGGAUCGCCCUCGCAUGCGAUGAUGGUGAUGGAGAGUGAGACUCGGACGCAAGAGAUUGAAGAAGAACGAGGGUUCGAGCAAGUGGAAGGAGGAAGUGACGAGGCACAGGACGAGCAAGCAAACGAAGUGGAGGGAGAGGCGGGGCUGGGUACAGGGUCAGAGCCAGGGGAAGAGCAAGGGGCAGAACAAGAGUCAGAGAAAUGGGCAGAGCAAGGAGCAGAGCAAUGGGCAGAGCAAUGGGCAGGGGAGGGGCGAGCAGGCGAUGUGGACAGAGAGUCAGUUGGACAAGCUGUUGCAGGGGAGGGAGCGGUGCAAGAGGAAGUUUUCGACAAUCUUUCCAUGGUGCAGUGCUCACCCCUUCAUCCCAAUCCUCCCCUAAUCUCCUCCAAUCCCUCUCCAGCCAUUCAGCUGCUUCCCCCCUUCGCACUCACGUUUCUCCUCUCUUUUCAAUCUUUCCCCCAUGUUAACCCUCCCCGUUCCUCCUCUGUUCCACCUCAGCCUCUCAUCUCGGUCGGCCACAGUGCGGGGAGCAGGGGGGCAGCAAGGGUGGAUUCAGGGGGAGCGGUAACCGCUAAUGUGGAGAGGCGUGCGCACAUGGGAGGAGGGGAGGGCUGGAUGGGGAGAGCAGGGGGAAUGCAUAUGCAGUUAAAGGUGGAUGGGAGAGCAAGCGAAGCGGAGGUGAUGGCACGGCUGCAGAGAAAGGUCAAUGGCUUGCUGCUGCACGUCCCACCUGACAAGCAAGAAAAGGCUAUCGAGAAAAUCGACAGCGUGGUUCGCUGCCUUGCAAACCAAGACACCACUGUGAAAGAGCUCUCUCUCCCUCCCUACUCCCUCAGCUACUACCUCCUGCUUACUCCCCACUGCUACCCAGGCUUUCUACAAUCCGUCUCAACCCUUGUUCUCAACAAUCUUAGCAGGCAGCCUGAGAUGGUCAUGCCAUCAGUCGCGAAUCAGCUCCUCCGCCUCUCUUCCCUCACAGCACUUCACUUGCGCGAAACUUAUAUCGCUUCAAGCGCCCUGCCACUCUUCCAGUCCGCUACUCGGCUCCGACAACUCGUCAUCGCCUGCUAUUCGCCCUUUGACUUGCUUCCCAACCCACCAGCCAACCGUCAGCCCAACCUGCCCGCCCAGUCUGAUCCCGCCAGCCCACUCCAGCGAGUACAGCCGUUUGCGGGGUUGAGGGAGCUGCAUGUGAGCCGGGUGUCCGACUCUUUUCUGCAGCAGGUGGGCUUGCUGACGAGCCUUGAGGCUCUCUCCUGCACGAGCAGCAAAGGGGUGAGCUCCACAGGAUGGAUUCACCUCAAGCGACUGCUCAACCUGAAGAGACUGCAGCUGGCGCCAACUCUCCCCGUGAAAAUCGACAUUAUUGGCGAAAUGCGGAAGGUGGGAUCCAACGACCACCCCAAUGAGAACUCCUACCUGCACCAUCACUUCGGGCCGAAGCUUAGCUUUUCCGGAUCUCGCCUGCCAGAGAUCACCAGAAGCUUCCAAAGGCCUGCCAAAAAAGGAACUGCAGCGGCAAGCGGAGAUGGAGACCCUGACGGCAAUCGCAUCGAUGGGAGCAUAUGGGAGGUGGUUGGUGCCCUCAUCGGCUUGGAGCACCUGGAGCUGCACGCAGCAGAGCCCAGUGCGACCGCACUGCGAUCCGUCUCCAGUAUCAGGCGCCUCAAAUCCCUCCGCAUCACCAGCACGGCGCUUGAUGCUUCUGAUCUGCUGUGCUUGAGAACCCUCUCUCUUCUCACCGACCUCAGCCUGGCUGCUUGCACGUUUGCAGCAGACCAGUCUGUGAGGUCGGUGAUUCAAGGCAUGACGCAGCUACAAUCGCUGGACCUCUCAGGGACGGCAAUCAGCCAAGCAGCGGCUGUGCAUCUGCAAGCGCUUGGGCAGCUGGAGCGGUUGAAGCUGCAGCAGAUCAGUGGCAUGAGCAAGCUGUUUGUGGAGCAUGUCAGCCGUGUUCCUGCGCUGAGGGAGUUGGAUCUGGGCUGCAACAACAUGCAGCAUGCUUGGCUGCUGCCGGUGCUGGAAGGGAAGAAAGUGACUCGGCUUGGGGUAAGUGGCUGUUGCUUCGUGGCGAAAACGGUGGAACGGCUUCAGCGGGCUUGGAUUGAGAUUGACGCCAGAACUUGGGUGUAUGCGGCUGGAAGAUCUGUAUCUGUACUGCUCGGCGCGUGCUGCCAUUCCCUCGUCGAUCGAUCGCCUUACUCUGCUCAAGCACCUGCACCUCGUAACAAGCGCCACGCGUCUUCCCGACACACUGACCUCGUUGCAGUCUCUCAAAACCCUCUCGCUGAACGCUUACAAGCUCGAGGCUUUGCCCUCAGAUUUCGGCACUCUGAUUUCUUUAACGUCGCUGGAGCUCCACCAAUGCCGCUUGCCGUCACUUCCGAAAUCUUUCGGGCGCUUAACCGCUCUGAACCGGCUUUCCUUAAUGUACUGCUCGACGUUGCAGCUGCCAGCCUGUUUCACCGAGCUUUCUUCUCUCGCCGUCCUGGAGUUUUGACAUGGCAGGCUUCUUCCAUCGCCGCAUGUGAUAUCACAUCUCUGCCCGUGUCUCUUCCCCGCCUGCCUGCUCUCACCGAACUCACCCUCGACAUGGACCAGAUCCCAGUGCUGCCCGAAGAUUUCGGGCAGUUGUCAGUGCUUCGGACGCUCGUGCUGAAAAUGAGGAGCCUCACAGCCUUACCCGAUUCCAUGGCCCUGCUUACCACUCUUCAAGAGCUUUCCCUUCAUUAUCUUCGAAGCCUGACAUGUCUUCCCCAGGAGUUCGGGCAGCUGGCUCUCCGGGAGCUGAAAUUUCUGGAGUGUAGGCAGCUGCAGCAGCUCCCGGACUCCGUAUCCCAGCUGUCUUGUCUCGAGCACCUGGAGUUUAGCAUUUGCCCGCGCCUCACGGGGCUGCCUGUCGACCUGGGAAAGGGCAUGCACGCCCUGCGUCAUCUGCUUCUUCUGGACUGCACGGCUCUCUCCCGCCUCCCUCCAUCCUUCUCCGGCCUGACGUCUCUCGAAACGCUCAAGAUUCUACACGCGAAACGCUUCAGGGGCACGCUGCUAGACGGCUUUGGCAGCUUGAAGAGCCUCAAGGAGCUGUCAGUCGUUUCCCUGCCGCGCCUAUCCGCCCUUCCGGCUUCCUUCUCAGGCGUUGAAUCCCUCACCCGCCUGGAAGUCGGCAAGUGCCCUAAUGUAACGGUUCUGCCAGAGGAAAUCGGACGGCUGAGAGCGCUCGAGGAGGUCAGGAUCUUUGGGAUGGACGCCCUGAGAUGUCUCCCUACGUCGCUUCUUGAGCUGCCCAGUCUGCGGGCGCUGGACGUGCGGGCAUGUGAUGCGCUAACACUGCCCGAGACCCUUGGGGGGCUCGCAGGGCUGCGUGUGUUGCAGCUGGUUUACCUCUACUCGAUCCGUCAGCUGCCCGAAUCUCUCGGGCAGCUGAAGAUGCUGGAGACGCUGGAUAUUAUCGACUGCUUCGAGCUGAUGCAACUGCCCAAGUCAUUCGUGAACCUACCCAAGCUACAAUCGUGCUCUCUUGUCAAGGUUGCCGUUUCAACCAUUCCGGAUGAUAUCUGGAAGCUUUCUUCCCUCAAGAAGUUGCUAAUCCUGGGGCUGAAGCGGUUGCGAAGCUUGCCAGGUUCGUUCACUCGGCUGCCUAAGCUUGAGGAGCUGGAGGUGUGUGCAUGCAAGAAGCUGGCUCGAUUGCCGCCGUCUCUCCAGAGGAUGCCGACGUUGCGUGAAUGCACCAUCCGUGAAUGCCCUUUGCUGUCACAGCGAGCCACGAGAGGGGUACCUGCGAGGAGAGAGGAGGGAGAGGAGGGGGAGGGGGAGGUGGGAGAGGGAGGUGAUUCUGAAGAGGAAGAGGGGGAGGAGGGAGGCAAUGGGGAGGAGAUGGAGGAAGAGGAGAGUGAUGGUGAUGAUGAGGAUAUUGAGCAUGAACUUGUUUUGGACAGUGACUACGAUGACGACAUUAGUGGAGGCUAUGGGGGGAGUAGUAGUGAUGAUGAUGAGUAG